CCUUCUUUUCGUUCUUUUUCGUCUUAUUUAUUUCUCUUCCUUCUCUCUUGUCCGUUGAUUUCGUCCCUACUUCGUUCUCUUUCUUGUCCGUCCAUCGCUCUGAGAUACCACGACGGAAGUAGCCCAAUCCUCGCGUCGCCGGAAAAUCAGCCGGAAACGGUCGUGAUCUACACGGGACGCGUUUGCCCUAACAAUUAGACGAGUUUUCGGGUAAGGCGCGAAGAUUUUCCAGAAUUCUUUCGUUCUAGGGCUCGAUCUCGCUGGUUGAGGUGCUUCGGGGGUGAUUCGGAGUAAAUUAGGGUUCCUUUCAGUGCGCCGGUCCGAUCUAGGGUUUGGAGGAAAGGAUAAGGUUCUGGGAUUGAGGAGAAGGCGAGAGAUUGUUCGGACGAAAGAGGGUUGAAUUGAUGUGUCGCCCCGGGGGUGAAGGAGCGGCUUUAACCCUGGGGGAAGAUGCAAGGCUAUGCAUGGGGGAGAAGGUGAGGACCGAAGACGGAAGCGGCACAUGCGGCCGGACCCCCUUCGUUCGGCGACGACGGUAGCGAAUUCUUCGCUUUCUGAAGGGGCCUAUUUCUGCAAGGAUGGUCGCAAGAUCAGCGUUGGUGAUUGUGCACUUUUCCAAGCUGAAGGUUCUCCACCCUCCAUUGGUAUAAUUCGUUGGUUGACAACAAAUAAAGAGGACUACCCCAAACUUGGUGUGAAUUGGCUCUAUCGGCCUGCUGAUGUGAAGUUUAAAGGCUUCUUGUCUGCACCGAAUGAAGUCUUCUAUUCAUUUCACAGGGAUGAAAUAUCUGCUGCCUUCCUUCUUCAUCCGUGUAAAGUUGCAUUUCUUCGUAAAGGCAUCGAACUUCCUCCAGGCAUAUCCUCUUUUGUAUGUCGACGAGUUUAUGACAGAGCAAACAAGCGUUUAUGGUGGUUAACUGAUAAGGAUUACAUAAAUGAGCGGCAGGAGGAAGUUAAUCAGCUUUUAGACAAAACUUGGGAAGAAAUGUAUGCAGAAGGUCGCUCUCCGAAACCAUUGAACAGUCCAGUAUCAUCGCAGCAGUUGAAAUCUGGUUCUGAUAGUGUACCAAGUAGUGUUACCUCUUUCCCUUCUCAGGUGAAGGGAAAGAAGAGGGAACGAAGUGAUCAAGGCUUGGAGCCUGUUAAGCGUGAGCGUUCAUCUAAAACUGAUGAUGCAGAAUCUGGUUAUUCUAGGUUUGAUAAUAUGAUGAAGUUGGAAAUUACGAAAAUCACUGACAAGGAAGGGGGUCUCGUAACCUUGGAAGGUGUUGAGAAGCUGGUGCAACUUAUGCAACCAGACAGAAAUGAGAAAAAGAUUGAUUUGCCUGGACGUAUAAUGCUUGCAAAUGUUAUUUCUGCCACAGAUAAACUUGACUGUCUUAGCAGGUUUGUCCAGUUACGAGGAUUGCCUGUGCUGGAUGACUGGCUCCAGGAAGCACAUAAGGGUAAGGUUGGUGACAACAAUAGUCCAAAGGAAGGGGAUAAAGGGGUUGAAGAACUGCUUCUAGCAUUGCUUCGUGCACUUGACAAGCUGCCUGUUAAUCUUCUUGCAUUGCAGUCCUGUAAUAUAGGCAAAUCUGUGAAUCAUCUGCGCAAUCAUAAGAACAUAGACAUCCACAAGAAAGCAAAGAGUUUAGUGGAUACAUGGAAGAAGCGGGUUGAAGCAGAAAUGAAAAGCAAUGAUGCAAAAUCUGGAUCAAGUCAGGGUGCUUCUUGGCCUGGAAAAUCCAGUUUCUCUGAAGUUUCCCAUGGUGGAGGCAAACGUUCAGGAUCAUCAGAUGUUCUAAAGGGUGCUGUUUCCCAACCCACUGCAACUAAGACAACAUCCAGUAAAUUUGGCCAUGGAGAUUCUGUUGCAAAAUCAGCAUCAGCAUCUCCAAGCUCAGGCAAGAUAUCACUGUCUGCAUCAACAACAACUGGUUCUAAGGAUUCAUUCAGUAAAGCACCAGUGACCAGUGGUGUAUCUGAUCCUCCACUUUCAACAAUAAAAGAGGAAAAAAGCAGCAGCUCUAGUCAGUCACAGAACAACAGUCAAUCUUAUUCAAGUGAUCAUGCCAAAGUUGCAGGUUCGGCUUGGAAAGAGGAUGCAAAGAGCUCUACUGCUGGAUCAGUCAAUGCUAAAGCUUCUGGUGGUUCAUCUCGCCAUAGGAAAUCAAGUAAUGGGUUUUUAGGGUCUUCUGCUUCGCAGAAGGAGAGUGGUCCCACAAAGCUGGGUUCUGUAAAUAGAAACCAGACAUCUGACAAAGUCUCACAAUCUGGAAUGACAUCUGAACGAGCAACUGAUACACUUCUUGGAGAACAUGGUAACAGUCAGAGACUAAUUGUUAGACUUCCAAAUCCUGGUCGUAGUCCUGCACAAAGCCUAAGUGGAGGUUCUCUUGAGGAUAUUGGCGUUAUAGGCAGCAGGGCAUCUUCACCUGUGGUAUCUGAGAAGCAUGACCAUGUGGAGCGAAAGCUAAAGAGCAAAGGUGACAUGUCUAGGGGCAGUGCUGCUCCUGAUGUGAAUAAUGAGUCAUGGCAAAGUAAUGAUGUCAAAGAUGGCCUAAAUGGAUCGGAUGAAGGUGACCGAUCUCCUACUGCAGCUUUUGAUGAGGAACGUGUCAGGAAUUGUGACGAUAAUAAUAAGACCCUGGAUAUAUCAAAAGCAACCUGUUCUUCUUCUGGAAAUGAAAAGCGUGUGCAGAUUCCUGAAAGAAAAUAUGUGAAAUCUUAUGAUGCAUCUUUUAGUUCCAUAAAUGCUCUGAUAGAAAGCUGUGUUAAGUAUUCAGAAAUUCCUGCUCCCUUGUCUGCUGGCGAUGACCUUGGGAUGAACCUGCUUGCAAGUGUAGCAGCUGGUGAAAUAUCAAAAUCUGACACAGUUUCUCCCAGUGCAUCCCCUGGUAGAGAUUCUCUUUUACAGGAAGAUUCAAAUAAUGGGAAAGAAAGUAAGUCAAGGUCCUCACAUGACCAUGUUGGCUCUCAUGAUCGAGGGCAACUAGACGAGAGUGAAGAUGAUGAUUCUGAAAAGCAAGGAAAUGAUGCUGCCUCUUCAAAAGUUGAGGAGGGUUCUGCAGUAACCCGAGGCAGAUCACAUAUAGAGGAUGAUAAAACUGGCAAUGACAGAAUGGAGAAAUUGUGUGCCUCUGUUGAGUUACAUGGGCAUGAAGAUGUGUGUGCUAGGCCUGAAGGUAAAUGUGCUGUUGGUGGACUUCCUGUUGAAUCAAGUGGAACAGCAACUGGUAAAUCAUCUCCUGUUAGGGCAACAGAAUCCCCAGUCGCUGGAGAACAUAAACAAGGUUCUGAUAGAAGAAAAAGGUCCACCAAUGAAGAGGAUAUAAAUGGCUUCAUAGAAGUGAAAAAGAAGCCAAAGAGUCCAUUAACAUCUGAAAAGGUAACCCUAGAAAGCUUGCAUGGAAAGAUUUUAGGUGCUAGCAUGGGUACGCAAGAGGUUGGUCAUCAUACCACCACAUGCGAUGGAUCUGAAUUUGCUAAUGCUACUUUGAUUCAUGCAACAGAAAACAAAAUCAUUGAAGAACCACCCUCUAGUCUUCCAAUGGAAACAAAUGCUGCAGAUGACAAGCAUAAAAAAGCAGAGGAUUUUGAUGGGGAGGUCUCCAAUGAAGAAAAACAACCUUCUAUUGCUGAGCGUGGUAUGGACUAUGAUAAUGGUGGUGAAGAUGUUGUUGUACUUCCUGGUUCCAGCACCACUGCAUGUCCAGAUGAUAGUGACAAAUCGAAGCCAGGUGAUAUCAAUAAAAAGCCAGGAAAUGCCACAGAGUUGGAAGAUAAAAGUGCUAAAGAGCCAAAUGUUGGUGAAAAUGUUGAGCAGGCUUGUAAUAUGUUUGACUCUGUUGGAGGUGGAACAGAUGCAAAAAUGGAUGAAUCAGCAGUAGCCAAUAAAAGUGACGCUGAAGAGGAUGAACGAUUAGAAAACAAGACUGUUGACCAACAUAUUGAUGCAUUGACAUGUGAGGGAAAGUUUGCAUCAGGUCCAGUUCAAGAUACAGAACGGCCCACAACAAAGUCUGUAAGAGCAGAUGUUCCAUCAGUUGCUGGAUCUUCCGGUUUAGAGGCUGUUGCAGUUGAUUCAGCUUCAAAGCUUUGCUUUGAUUUGAAUGAAGGAUUUGCCUCAGAUGAUGCUAAUCAGGAUGAGCCAAUAUCUGCAGGAACUGCAUCAGUUAGUCCUGCUGUAUGUCAACCCAGUUCUGUGCCAAUUCAAGUUUCUACAUCAUCAAGUAUAUCAGCUUCAAUUACCGUAACCUCUGCUGCAAAAGGGCCAUUUAUUCUUCCAGACAAUAUGCUGCGCAAUAAAGGAGAUAUCCGUUGGAAAGGAUCAGCUGCUACAAGCGCUUUUAGGAGGGCAGAGCCACAGAGGGUCCCCGAAGCACUUGCUUCAAUUUCUGAACUCCCAUCCUCUGAGACCCCUGCUGGCAAGUUUGGACGUCCACUACUGGAUAUUGAUCUGAAUGAGCCUGAUGAAAGAGGUUUAGAAGAUGUUCCUGCCCAACCCUCUGUUGCCCUAGAGUCGGGAUCUGUAAGAAGUAUGAAGACUAUGGAAAGCAAAUUGCCAGCUUCAUCAGCUUGUGGUUCUGGUCGGCUGGACCUUGAUUUGAAUCGAGCUGAGGAAGGUCCAGAGAAUGGUCAAAUGGCUGGAAUAUCCAAUCGGAGGUCAGAGGUCCCUGUUUCAUCUGCUAGACCCUCAUCCUCCUCUGGAGGACUAUCUAAUGGAGAUCAUGCUCCCAGGAACUUCGAUCUGAAUGAUGGACCUAGCCUUGAUGAAGGUGGCGCAGAUCCUGGCCCCCAUUACUCGCAUCCCAAAAGCAAUGCUUCCUACCUUCCACCAGUUGUCAAUUUGAGGAUGAAUGAAUUGGGAAAUCUUUCGUCAUGGUUUCCUCCUGGUGGUUCCUAUCCACAGGUUUCUAUUCCUCCUUUUGUGUCAGAAAGGGUAGAGCCGCCUUAUUCAAUUGUAGCUACUGCUGCUGGUGUCCAGAGGAUUUUAGGUCCAACAUCUGGUGGUCCUGCUGCUUUUGGUGCUGAUAUUUACAGGGCACCUGUUCUGUCGUCCUCCCCAGCCAUGGGGUUCACUGCUGCAAGUGCUUUUCCGUAUGGUGGUUUCCCCUUUGGAGGUGGAUUUCCUCUGGCCUCAACAUCUUUCACAACAAGUUCGACAUUCAUUGAAUCUUCAUCUGGUGGAGGCCCAUGUUUUCCUCCAAUUCCUUCUCAACUAGUUGGGCCUGGUGCCACAGUUUCAGCCACUUAUGGUAGGCCUUACUUGAUAAGUCAUCCAGAUGGCCCUGGUGGGGAAAGUAGUCGCAAAUGGCCGAGACAGGGUCUUGAUCUGAAUGCUGGUCCAGGAAGCAUUGAUACAGAUGCCAGGGAUGAGAGAUUCAUUUCAGUGAGGCAGCUUCCUGUUGCUAAUUCUCAAGCAUUGGCAGAAGAGCAGGCAAGGCUAUACCAAGCAGCAGGUGGUACUGCACUGAAGAGGAAGGAGCCUGAGGGUGGGUGGGAUUCCGAGAGAUUCGGGUAUAAACAACCAGCGUGGCAGUAGAGUUAAAGAGAGUGAUGCCUUAUGUCAUGGUAAACUGCCUGGGACUUGUAAUUUGCAUGUGGUCUACUCUGAGGAUUUGGUUGAUGGGUGAGCAUGCUUUGUAUUCACAAUGCCUUGCUCCUCCUUUCAUGCAGUCUCCUGAAACCUUCGACUUGAUGAUCUAUGCUCAGGAGAACAAAUUCAUUUAUGAAGUGUAAUUGCAGCUCUCUCUAUGGUUUUUUUCCUUCAUGAAGAAUGGCUUGCCACCGCCCAGACAACAAGAUGCAGGUAUGAGGUGUGCAUGUAUGCCUUUCCUUUUCCGAAACGUGUUCUUCCACUGGUAGAGUUAGACAUAUCGUUGCUGCAUGCAGACAUGUCAUGGUAGGUUGUUCGAAGGAAAGGCUUUCUAUGACACAGCAUGUGAACUCUCGGCAUGUUGCAAGUCCUGAUUGACUUCCAUGAGGUCCAAUUGUAAGUUGUUUCUGAUCUACACAGUUUCUGUAGAGCUUGGAUCUCCAUUUUGUAAAGUUCCUUAGAUUUAUAGCUCUUUAUGUUUUGAUGUGAAUGUAUAUGAAUUCAUAAUCAAGAAUUUUGAGUGAAACUUGCACUAGAUGCAAGAUUGCCUGCAGAAGGUGUCUAUGGCUGGUCUUGUGGUGAAGAUAGAUUGUGCUUCCAGGAUAUUCAUAAUUCUGCGGAAAGUAGAAUUAUGUCAAGUUCUAUCACAUGCAAAUUAAUGUUCCUUUGAGUUUCUCCCCAACUGAUUAUAUAUAUCCUAACGCUUUUGUUAUUGGUGGUACAUUUGUUUUCGUACAUGUACUUGUGAUUUAAAUGUUCUUGAUGUUUCUCCUUCGACUUUGAAAACUGCCUCCUGUACUUCUGAAGUGGAUUUGUCAUUCAGAAGUGGAAAUGUAGAAUGCUGAAAUAGUAGAAUGUCAUAAACUGCAUAUGGGAUUAUGUUCUA